AUGACCUUUGACCCUUUCUUCCAGAAUGCUCAAGGGGUGGGCGUGGGGGUGGGAAACCCAGGCUGGGAAUACACAUUGAAGAGAUGGUUCAUAUUAGAGCCAGAAACCCUGAGCGCCCCUCUUGUCCUCGUGUGCCUGAUGGCCAAAAUAUUUUUCAGUAUGUACUUCCAUCAUAUUUGUUUAAAGACCCAGUGCAGUCAAAAACGUUGUUUGCCUGUGUUUUAUAUGUACAGUAUUUCCACACUAUGAGGUUGGAAUAAUACUGUGAAAAUUAUGAUAAUGCCCUUUUAGUGUAGGAGCUGUUUGAAAAGACAGCCUGAGAUGUUUUGGUGGGAUGGAGUUUUGACAGCACCAGGCAUUCAAUUAGUUAAUAGACCAAUAAGAAAGUGAGUUCCAAAUCUCUCUGCCAAUAGCUCGUUUUCAAUUUUUCCAUACCCACUCAGAACACUCCCAGAUAGUCCUAGCAGAAUUCUUGCUUGAGAAAUUGCUCUGUGCUAAGAAGCUAUUAAUGUUUAUUUUUGACAUUUUAAUUGAAAACAAUCACAUUAAGGUGCUUAAUUGUUACCCAGAAAUGAUUUGAUAUUGAGAUAAAAAUGGCUGCAUUGGACCUUUUAAAUAUAUGAAUCUGACAGCGACAGUACACAGUCAGGGGACAUCAAGUUAAUAGGCCUCGAUCCUGUUCACUCAUGGUGAACUAAAUCUCUCCAUACAAUAGAGAGAUUUAGUCCAUUUCAUAAUUAACAAAUACAGUGUCUCUCUGCAUAUAGAUGUAUGUGUAAAAACCCUACUAUGAGUUACCAAUCAUUUACCGUAUAAAACAUUUUGUAUGUCCGCUUUACAUACUGUAGCUGUAAGACCUGUGGAUGAAUCCCUGCGGUUAAAGCAAAUGUUUGAAUCACCUGAGACUGAAGGUGAUCAUUUUUCUCACUAGGUCUUCUCUCAUGUCUCUCUUCAAGCUGCGUUACAGAUGGACUAAUGAGGCUUGUGUGGCGGAAACAAUAUCCACUCCGCUUGGUCCAUUUAUCCCCAGCCUUGGCUGUGCUGCUCUCCCCAUCCACAUCCCUCCUCACCCCACCCACUCUCUUAUCCAUUUUUACUAUGUCUAAUGAAUAGAAUAAGAGAUGAGAAGGAUCAAAGGCUCCUUUGGCAGGUUCUAGGAAUCCAUUCAGAUUGAAAUUAAGAGAGUGUUUAUUUUUUUCAACAUCUCUCCUCCACAACCAGCCUUAAUCACAAGAGAGGUAGAGAGAAGGAAUAUCUGUGACAUGUAUAGUAGUUCAAAGGAAAAUAAGCAUUUCCAUGCACUAUACAUGUGACUCACUGAAUGGUUCAUCCUCAACACUUCAUUGACAGGGGCCUAGGAUCUAUCUGUCAUAAAUACUUCACCUAUCUUCUUAAUUUGUUGUUCGCAUUAGCUGCUUGGCACAGGAUGUGAGAAGACGUUGGUCCUUGAUGUUGGUGCUUGUCUUCAGCUUGAAUCAAUGCAUUGACAGGCUAAUGCUGCUGAGCCCCUCUGCUACCUACACAUUUCACUUCCUGUGAAGAGUAUCUGUAUUAGUCUGUAUGUAAUCAGAGAAGGAGGCUCUGGGUGAUUAUGAUGGUCUGAGAUCAGUAAAACAGCAGCUUUGGAUCCUCUGGAGGUUGCCUGAGCCUUGGCCUACUUCUCUACAUCUCAACUGUGUAGACAAUGGUUCAGAUUGUGAUAUCAGUGGAAAGAUGAUCAGAACAAUGAUUUCCUUUAUGAAGUUGAUAUCCACCUUUCCCUUUCAUUGUUGGCAGAGGGAAAUGCCUUGUUGGGGUCACUAAAUAAUGACGCAUUCUUUGGUUCUGUCAUGUGGCGUAUCUGAUGAGGUGAUUGAACAGAAUAUUAAAGGCAGUUGCUAAAUAUAUCCUCUGGCUUUGUGCUGUAGUGGCGUCACAAUGGCUAUCGUGUGAUAGGUGACCUGGACUCGGCUCUACUUUCACCAGACAGAACACUACCGAGGUAUAGUGUUACAGGUGGUGAGUUAUUGAAUCGGGGCAGCUGGGCACGUUGCUUGUACUGUAGAAUGGAACUGUUAUCGCUCUAGAUGCGUUGACUAAUGUCCCUUUGUAAGCAGAUUCAGUUACUGACAGUAUCACUAGUCAGCCAAUUGAGGUUUCUCUUUGAGCAUCGAGGCCCAGAUUAGUCUCGUGUACGUUUACCUUCUCUGGCAGCAGUGUAUGAGUUCAGACAUUUCACUUUCAACUUUUCCACACGGGGGUAAAAAGAACAGUACUGCAUCCCUAUUGAUGAGAGUUUGAUAGUGGCUUGUGUACAGUAUUGAAGGUUUUGCUGACAGACUGAUUUUUGUACCAACAGCCACUGCAGAGGGACAGUGAAAAAGGGGACCCACAAGCUGUGGGUUGUCAUGGACAACCUUUUUCCGCCGGCACUUUAGACUGAAAGGGGCAGAGCAAUGCCAACACAGACGGCCUGGCGUGGCAGUGCCCACAAGCAAGGCUCGCCGGCGCUCCAGUGUAGGACUGCCCUCUGCUGGCCUGGUCCAACGUAGACGCUCUAGUGUGGGACUGCCAUUCACAGGUCCUGUCGGACGCAGAAGGUCCAGUGUAGGCCUGUCGCCGACGGCUCAAGCCCAACGAAGACGCUCCAGUGUUGGCCUGCCGUCUGGUUAUGUGGGACGUAGACGCUCCAGUGUGGGCUUGGCCUGCGCUGCUCACAAGCAACGCAGGCGCUCCAGCGAGGUGCAGGGGUUACCCCAGGUUACCGGGGGGCACUGUUGUCAUGGAGGCGGGCCAGCUAGUGAGGACCAGAUACUACAACAGGCGUCGCUCCAGCACCACCGUGGCCUGUGUCAACCCUCGCUUCUCUGUCCGCCGCCGGCCAAGCCGCCAAGCUCCGCACCAUCGACACCCACCUGCUGGGGCCCUCCAUGCUGCUGGCCAGCCUGGUCCAGAUGAGUGAGGAGCAGCAGAGGGGGGCGCAGGGCGGAGAGGGGGGACAGCUGCAGGCACUGAGAGCUGCUCCGAGUCAGAGGGGGACAGCUGCAGUCCGAGAGACUGUAGCACCAGGUCGGAGGGCAGCGGGAGUGAACAAGAGGGGACUGAGACAUCGUCAUCAUCAUCAUCAUCAUAUCCAGAGGGAGAGAGGACGUCUCCAUGGCAGGACUGGAAUCCGGUUCAUAGUAUGGCAGCCUUGA